UAAAGUGUAGAAUAUGUGUCACUUAUACUUCUUGUUUUUCUGCAUGUGUCGACUAUUUAUAGCUGCUCUCAGUUCAGAAAAUAACUUCCAUAUAUCGGCAAAGUUCAAGAGUGGAGAUCUAGUGUUGACUCCUACCGGUUCCUCAAGACUUCCAAUUUAUGUAAUGAUAAGACCUUUACAAAAUAAGUGGGUGUUGUUUAGUGGAAAACAGUUCAUUAUAGAGGGCAUUCUACAGUACAAAUAUCCUACCAUCCGAGUCCUGGAGUACAAGGAAAACCGUACACAACUCUUUUACAACAUCCAAGUACACGUAAUGGAAUCAAAUGAAGGUGACACAAAGAAUGUAUCUUGGACUAAUAAUGCGUUUCCUCUGAGUGAAAUGUAUGAAAUAAUCCACACAUACGACGGUUUACAAAGGCCAAUCCUUCGUGCAAAUGAGGAUGAUAUACCAAUAUAUGAUCCUUCGAAAUACGCCUACCCCAGUUCAACAUUUUACUUUGGAAACAUAAGUUUUCAGAUUAGGAACAUAACAACAGGGGAUGCUGGAUACUAUUCCGGAUGUACCGUGAAAAAUGAGACCGGAUGUACUGUGAAAAAUGAGACCGGAUGUACUGUGAAAAAUAAGUCCUGGUGUGGAGGAGGCGUUGUACUUGUGGUAAAAGGAAAUCCAACUAAACCAGUGAUAACAGGAAAUCUGACUCUCAAAACAGGAGAAAACGCAUCAGUGACCUGCUAUAGUAAUUCCACUUCAGUUCCAUCCUAUUAUAAAGAGUUCCCUCCCUUGUCAUACAUAUGGUACAUCAACAACACAUUGGUAGGAAAAACUAGGGAAAAUACGUACAGAUUUCCCAUAGCGAAGGGCGAUAAACACAGCUAUGUUUCAUGUCAAGCAAAGGAAACCCUCAUAUCUGAGAAAAGUAAACGGCUGCAAAUCAUACCACUCUACGGUCCGGAUCUAGAAGACAUGAAGAUUUCACCAUUGAUCAGUGACAACAUAACUAUACGUGACGGUGACAUCUUUGGUCCGUAUGUCUGCUCAGUGGACUGUAAUCCACCAUGCAGUAUUCAAUGGAAAUACAUGGAACCAUCCGGAAAGUUUGUUAAUGCCACAACCAAAGGACAAACAUCAAAGCUAUUUCCGGAACAACGAGUGCACAGAAACAAACAUGGACUGUUCCAGUGUGUUGCACAAGGUUCAGAUUGCAAACUGGAAACAAUUACAAUAAAUUUAGAUAUUCAAUAUUUGUCUACACCGAAGGUAUUUAUAAAUGGAUUAGCUGCUUCAAAUGUGUCAAACAUACCGGAAAAUGAACCCCUGCAAUUGUCAUGUCUUGUGGAGGGAAAUCCCGUCCCAGCCGUGACCAUCAGCAGGGACAGAGCAAACAACGUCCUCGUGAACAGUGUUGGUUACUGGUCAAAUUAUACAUCUAUUGAAAAAGCCCAGUGUGCCGAUACAGACACCUACAGGUGUGAAGGGACGUCAAAAGAAAUCCAAAGCAAAUCUACAACAUUUACUAUCAAUAUUGUUUGUAAACCUCGGUUUGACAAACGUUUAGAGUUCAAAUCAACAUACCAAGUAGAACAUCUACCUACAGUAAUAACUGUCGAUGUUCCUGUUAUCUCCUAUCCUAAACCGAUUUCUGUCAAAUGGCUCGGGUCGGUUCCUACGGAGGCUUUCUUUACCACGAUAUCUAGAGGAAAUGAUUUUUUUCAUCAUUGGCUAUACAGCACAAUCCCUAUUUAUAAUGGCAGCUUUCUUGGAAACUAUACUCUCUAUGGCGAUGACAUCGAAUUAGCAAGCAUUAGGAUAAUAGAAGUAAAAUCAAGCUCUCCAGAGUCUGUAUUGAUACCACAGGAGGUGUGGAUUUCUUUAAUUGGUACCUUCGCUUUCUUAUCCACAUUGAUGACCGUAGUUAUUAUCAUACAGAAAUCCCCAUUCAGAAGACAAACUACCCAGCCACAAGUAAGUCCAGAGACGGUUAACACAGAGAAUCAAGCUACUUAUGAUGUAACAACAGAACCACGUGAAAGACAAGAAAUUAAUGGUGAAUACGAAACUUUGCCUAUUGGAGAAAAGGGGAAAACCAGAAUGACCAACUUUGGCCAGUUCAUGAUGGACUGUAGUGAUGACAACAAAGAUCAAGGAAAUCCCUAUGAAAACCUCCAGUCGACAAGGAAAUCCCUAUGAAAAUCUCCAGCUGACAAGGAUCUCCCUAUGAAAAUCCAAAGUCAACAGCGUUGAGAAAAAAUAUUACAUUUUCACAAAAUAAUAAAUUCAGAAAAAUGCCGCUUAUUUUUUUUAAA